CAAUGUUUCGUUAUUUUAUUAAUCGUUUUUUUAUUUCCAGGCCUGCGAGAUUCCAUGGGAAUACAAAAAUGCGCUAGAGCAGUCCGCAACGCUGUAGCCUGCGUGAGGAACAAUUGAUACGAAGUGGCACUAGGCUGCAGGGGUGCCACUGACACUGGGAGAGGGCUCAGCAAACCCCAGGGUGAUAAUGAGGUCAGCGGGAGCACCAGAAACCGGCUCACUGGCCUCUUGAUCAGUCUCGGCCCAGAGGAAAAGGAAGGGCUUGAGCUUCUGCUUUCAUAAAUCUGAGGGGCAGGAAAUGAAAUCCCACUAGCAGUCUGCGGAGUGGACCUGAGUUCCCACUCCCGCUCCCCAAGGGCUAGCCCACGAUGCGUUCAAGGCGGACAGUGCCCGGCACCGCUCCCGCACCAGCCCCCGGCCACGCGGUGCCUCAGACCCUGUGCCUCCCCAGCCCGGGUUGCUCCGCCCCGAGGCCACGCCCCGUGACGCGAGGCUCCGCCUCCGCGGCGCCCGCUUCCAAGAUGGCGGCAGUGAUGCUUGCCCGGCUGCCGGGGUGGCGGUGACGACAGGCAGUAAAAGACUGGCUGGUCCCAGAUUUGCUGCUGGAGUGCUAGAUGGAGCCUUUCUCUGCCCUCUGUGACAUUUCCAAUUUUAGAUAAUGCCUCACAUCUCUGUCCCCCCGGGACCCCCUGGAGCCCCCAUGAUCCCCAAGAAGACAGCUUGAACCUAGAAUUCCCCUUUCCCUUCCUAGAUCUCACCCCCAGGAUGUUGCGGAGGCUGCUGGAGCGGCCCUGCACGCUGGCCCUGCUUGUGGGCUCCCAGCUGGCUGUCAUGAUGUACCUGUCAUUGGGGGGCUUCCGAAGUCUCAGUGCCCUAUUUGGCCGAGAUCAGGGGCCAACAUUUGACUAUUCUCAUCCUCGUGAUGUCUACAGUAACCUCAGUCACCUACCUGGGGCCCCAGGGGGUCCUCCAGCUCCUCAAGAUCUGCCCUACUGUCCAGAACGAUCUCCUCUCUUAGUGGGUCCUGUGUCGGUGUCCUUUAGCCCAGUGCCAUCACUGGCAGAGAUUGUGGAGCGGAAUCCCCGGGUAGAACCAGGGGGCCGGUACCGCCCUGCAGGGUGUGAGCCCCGCUCCCGGACAGCCAUCAUUGUGCCCCAUCGUGCCCGGGAGCACCACCUGCGCCUGCUGCUCUACCACCUGCACCCGUUCUUGCAGCGCCAGCAGCUUGCCUAUGGCAUCUAUGUCAUCCACCAGGCUGGAAAUGGAACAUUUAACAGGGCAAAACUGCUGAAUGUUGGGGUGCGAGAGGCCUUGCGUGAUGAAGAGUGGGACUGCCUGUUCUUGCACGAUGUGGACCUCUUGCCAGAAAAUGACCACAAUCUGUAUGUGUGUGACCCCCGGGGACCCCGCCAUGUUGCUGUUGCUAUGAACAAGUUUGGAUACAGCCUCCCGUACCCCCAGUACUUCGGAGGAGUCUCGGCACUUACUCCUGACCAGUACCUGAAGAUGAAUGGCUUCCCCAAUGAAUACUGGGGCUGGGGUGGUGAGGAUGAUGACAUUGCUACCAGGGUGCGCCUGGCUGGGAUGAAGAUCUCUCGGCCCCCCACAUCUGUAGGGCACUAUAAGAUGGUGAAGCAUCGAGGAGAUAAGGGCAACGAGGAAAAUCCCCACAGAUUUGACCUCCUGGUCCGUACCCAGAAUUCCUGGACGCAAGAUGGUAUGAACUCACUGACAUACCGACUGCUGGCUCGAGAGCUGGGUCCUCUUUAUACCAACAUCACAGCAGACAUUGGGACUGACCCUCGGGGUCCUCGGGCUCCCUCUGGGCCCCGUUACCCACCUGGUUCCUCCCAAGCCUUCCGUCAAGAGAUGCUGCAACGCCAGCCCCCAGCCAGGCCUGGGCCUCCACCUACUGCCAACCACACAGCCCUCCGAGGUUCACACUGACUCCUCCUUCCUGCCUACCUUAAUCAUGAAACCGAACUCACAGGGUUGUAUUCUCCCCACCCUCAGCUCCUCACUGUUCUCGGAGGGCUGUGGGGGAACUGAACUCUGGUGCCGUGUUAGGAGCCAGGGGUCUCUCCACACUGCUGGACUGGAGCUGGGCUCCUCUAGACCUAGGGGGCCCCUCUUUCUAGGGUCUCCUGUAGGGCUUAUGACUGUGAAUCCUUGAUGUCAUGAUUUUAUGUGACGAUUCCUGGGAGUCCCUGCCCCUAGGGUAGGAGCAGGGCUGGACCCCAAGCCCCUUCCUCUUCAUGGAGAGAAGAGUGAUCUGGCUUCUCCUGGGACCUCUGUGAAUAUUUAUUCUAUUUAUGGUUCCUGGGAAGUAGUUUGGUGAAGGAAGCCCCUCCCUGGGCAUUUUUUGCCCAUGCUGGAAUAGCUCCCUCUUCUGGUCCUGGCUCAGGGGGCUGGGAUUUUGAUAUAUUUUCUAAUAAAGGACUUUGUCUCGCA